AUGUGGUGCAUACGCAGCACAUACACACUGCUGGCAGGGUGUCCUCAUGCCUCUCAGGCCGAAUGGAAGACUCAGCAGUGUUGGAAACAUGCAGACCCACUCCACAGAGAGGAGCUGAACGAGUUUCUCACACGAGAGCUGGCUGAAGAUGGCUACUCUGGAGUGGAGGUCCGAAUUACACCCACCAGGACGGAAAUCAUUAUCCUAGCCACCAGGACACAGAAUGUUCUUGGGGAGAAGGGCCGUCGCAUCCGGGAGUUGACGGCAGUGGUCCAGAAGAGGUUUGGCUUUCCUGAGGGCAGUGUAGAGCUUUAUGCAGAAAAGGUGGCCACAAGAGGUCUAUGUGCCAUUGCCCAGGCAGAGUCUCUGCGUUACAAACUCCUAGGAGGGCUUGCUGUGCGAAGGGCCUGCUAUGGUGUGCUGUGGUUCAUCAUGGAGAGUGGGGCCAAGGGCUGUGAGGUGGUCGUGUCUGGAAAACUCCGAGGACAGAGGGCAAAGUCCAUGAAGUUUGUGGAUAGCCUGAUGAUCCACAGCGGAGACCCUGUUAACUACUACGUUGACACCGCUGUGCACCACGUGCUGCUCAGGCAAGGCGUGUUGGGCAUCAAAGUGAAGAUCAUGCUGCCCUGGGAUCCAAGUGGCAAGAUUGGCCCCAAGAAGCCCCUGCCUGACCACGUGAGCAUCGUGGAACCCAAAGAUGAGAUCCUGCCCACCACCCCCAUCUCAGAACAGAAGGGUGGGAAGCCAGAGCCACCUGCCAUGCCUCAGCCAGUCCCAACAGCGUAGCAGGGUCGUGUUGGCAGCUGUAUCUGGAGGCCCAGUGUUGCUCUGUAAAGACAUUUAAUAAAUAAAAUCUUGCACAAAGAAAAAAAAAAAAAA